AUGGGUACCAAGUCUCGUCGUUCGAAAUCGCCGACGACUUCGACAGGCUCCUUGGGGCGUGCCUCCGGGAGAAAGACCAACGGCGAACUCUCCAGGAUGAACACCAACGUCGAAGUCCAACGACGCAACGUUUCCCACGAGACCUCCACUUCACAAGGCGCCGCCGCGAACCUAAUGGCGCGAGAGUCCUUCUCCCUCGACGACCCCGUACCCAAAACCCCGACUUACAAUAACCAUGGCUUCUUCGAGCUGCCGAAGCGGGACCAAAGGAAUUUUGGUCUGCUGGUCCUCCUCUACUUCCUCCAGGGCAUCCCCCUCGGCCUCGCCACGGGAUCCGUCCCGUUUCUCUUGAAAAAUCAUAUGUCGUACAGCGAGAUCGGCAUCUUUAGCUUAGCGUCCUACCCCUAUUCUUUGAAGCUCUUCUGGAGCCCCAUCGUGGAUGCGGUAUGGAGCCCCAAGGUCGGGCGGAGGAAGAGCUGGAUUCUCCCCAUCCAGCUGCUCUCUGGGAUAGGCAUGCUAUGGCUUGGGUCGAUGGUUGAGAACAUGAUGGAAACGACGGGCAAGCCCGGCGGUCCCACCGUAUGGGGCUUCACCGGCUGGUGGUUCUUUCUGGUGCUCAUGUGCGCCACCCAGGACAUUGCCGUCGACGGCUGGGCGUUGACCCUCCUGACCCCGGGCAACGUCUCGUACGCCUCCACCGCGCAAACGGUCGGCCUGACUGCCGGCCAGUUCCUCUCCUACACUGUCUUCCUGGCUUUCCACUCCAAGGACUUCGCCAACCGCUGGUUCCGCACCGAGCCGCUCGAGCACGGCCUAAUCAGCCUAGGCGGCUACCUCCACUUCGCCGGGUGGGCGUACAUCAUCGUAACCCUUGGCCUCACCUUCCUCAAGCGGGAGGAGAAAACCAAGAACGAGGACGGCAUCUGGGACGUCUACAAGAUCAUGUGGGGCGUCCUCAAGCUCAAGAACAUCCAAACCAUCAUCCUCGUCCACCUCAUCGCCAAGAUCGGCUUCCAGGCCAACGACGGCGUCACCAGCCUCAAGCUCCUCGACAAGGGCUUCGGCACCGAAAACAUGGCCCUCACCGUGCUGAUCGACUUCCCCUUCGAGAUCGGUCUGGGCUAUUACGCAGGAAAAUGGUCACAAGAAUACACGCCCAUGCGGCUCUGGUGCUGGGGCUUCGCCGGCCGCCUGGCCGCCGCGCUCAUCGCGCAGUUCACCGUCUCCAUCUUCCCGGCGGGUGGCGUGACGUCCUGGUACCUGCUGGCCGUGAUUGGGCAGCACGUGUUCUCGACCUUUACCAAUACCAUCAUGUUCGUCGCCGUGGCGGCCUUUCACGCCCGCAUCGCCGACCCCGUCAUCGGCGGCACCUACAUGACCCUGCUCGCGACCGUGUGCAACCUGGGCGGCACCUUUCCGCGCUUCUUCGUCCUGCGUAUGGUAGACGCUUUUCACCGCCGCCACCUGCCUGCCCGACCCCAACGCCGGCCCCGACGCGAAACUCACCGUGUCGACCCCCUUCAGCUGCGCCGUCCAGGCUGA